CAGCAGCAGUGAAAGAAAGCGCUCAGCUGGGAAGCAAAUAUAUACUUGAACAGGUUUGGGUGGCACUAAAGCCUAGUAAGAGAAAAUAUUUCUACAGGCUGGAAGGACUAAGUACUCCACCCCUCUGUGUAUUUGUACCUGGUGUUUGUGAGUGCUCAGCCAGCUGAUUACCAAAGGUAUAACAAGCCACAGCUGGCAGGUAGAAAACAUUUGCAUAGAGACUGCAGCACCUCUGCCCGAACAGCUCCAGGUCAGCUCAGUGGUCCUGGGGUCUGUGGUAGGAGCCUCUGAAAGCAAGAAUGGGGAAUGCUACCACUGUUUCACAAGAAGCUGAAGAUCAAGACAGGACAAUAGAUGAUUCUCAGGCUGCAUCUGAACUUCCAGGCAAUGUUCAAAAUGGGCCUGUCACACUUCAGGUUGUGCAGGUUGUUUCUUCUGCAAAGAAUGAUGAAGUGGAUGCGAGGGCAAGUAUUGUAGAAGAUAAUGCGGCUGUUUCUUCCCAGAAGACAAUGGAGAUAAGCUCCGUUUCUGAUGUGAACGGAAAAAAUCUUGGGAAUGGAGCCAAGAAGCCCAUGCCAGCUGCUAAAUCUCGUUUUGUCUUGGCAUUUUCACGGCCUGUACCAGGACGUACUGAAGAGCAAGCUACAGAUUCAUCAGUUGGAUCAGCUAAGCUUGAUGUCAGCUCAGAGAUGCCCGAAGUGAACAAAGCAUCAAGUGAGAAUGUCGAGCUUCCAGCAACAGCUGCACCAGAGGAAGGCUCGCAUAAAAACCUAAACCAGACCCCUUCUGCAGCAUCCAUUAGUGAAACCGAACUAGCAGCAUCAGCAUCACUUGAGGGAGAGAAUGCUGCCCCGUCAAAGCCAAAGCAAGUAACCUUUUUUGACAGACUCUUCAAACUGGAAAAGGGAAAGGAAAAGAGUAAAACACAAAUUGAAACCCAAGAGGGGAGUCAGGCUACAGACAUUCCUGACGGAGGCAUCACAGCAGAAGAGGCUGCUGGAUUACAGAGCACGCCAAGUGAUGUCCCACAGGGGAAGGACCUAGAUGACUGCAACCAAAAAGGGGUGCAGCAGGACGCGGCAGGUGCCAAUUGCCCGGUCUCUGAGAAUCCUGUCAAGGCAGAGGUAAAGCAAGAGAGCUCAAAGUCACUUGCUGCAACAGAGUUGAAUAAUUCCAUGAUGAGUUUCCUUAAAACACUGGUUUCACCAAGCAAAGCAGAGGCCAAAAGUGAGUCGGAGGACAAGGGAUCCAAAGCGGAAAAAGGCCAUGGUGGACAACCUGCUCAGAAGACAGCAGCAGAAUCCCAAGCAAAAGGAGGCAAGAAAAAGAAGCCAGACAGUCCCAAGUUAGGACACAGUACAUUUAGCAAACUCUUUAGGCAUAAGUCUGCGAAAGAGGCCCAACAGACAACCAAUACCAAAGGUGCUGAACAACAGCCUGCCACCUCUACCAUUGUAAAAUCGGAAAAAAAUGCCCCUCUCUCUCAAGAGCCGCCGACAACAAAACAGAAUACAAAAGCCCCAGAACCUGCAGCUCAGCAGCAGGCGGCAGCAGCAGCAGCAACAGAAACCCCUAAAGAUGCAACCAAGGAGAAAGCUGCAUCCACUCCCACACCACUGAGCAAGCUCUUCUGGAAAAAGACUGCACCAGAAGACGCAGAGGUUGUAAGCAAUCAGAAAGUGGAAGCAUCAUUAGAAGCUGUGGCUCCUGAUAAAGAGGUGAAUAAAAGCACAGAAGCUACAGAAGUGACACCCAGAAGAGAAGAAACUAAACCCCCCAAAACAAACCUGAGGAAGUUUUUUAAACUGUCAGUCAGAGAUGAUGCAGGGACAGCCAAUUCAGAAGAGGUAAAUGGGCCAAACCCCAAUUACCAAACAUCAGACUCCACAGAGAGGCCAGUCGCCCCAACUGAAAGUGAACCUGCGGGCCAGAAGAGCAAAGAGAGUUCGAAAGACAAGAAGCCUACGGCAGAGCUGAGCAAGCAGAAAGGUAACAAACAGGAAACCAAAGAUCAGCAAGACUCCAGAGAGCAGCAUACAGGCGAGACUGACUCCAUCCAGAACGGAGGAGACACCGCAAAAGAAACACCCCUCAAGAAGACAGAGAAGAGACAGUCUCUUGGAGGUUUUUUCAAGGGCCUUGGUCCCAAAAAGAUGUCUGAUGCUGAAGUGCAAACAGAUCCAGUGUCUAUUGUACCUGCUGGGAAAUCCAAGUAAUGAAUGUGCUUGGCUGCUGAAGAAUCAGUGGCUUUCCACAAGUGCUCUUGCAGUGAAGAUGACUCAUUAUUUUCUUUAUAUGGCUGUCAUCAAAAGAGGGCCGUGCCUCCAGCUAAAGCAAACAUUUGUGUACAUUUGAGGUGUAUCAUUUACAGAAUUUGUUGACUAGAUUCUAGUAAGUAACUGUAAAGGUCAUUGAGAAGCAACGUGUAGUAUUAUUAUUAUUCAAGAGAGGUUUUGUGGGUGAUUUAUUUUAAGUCGAGUGGGAAGAGAAUGUUUCAAAACCUAAGAAAGUUGCAGUUGAAGUGGGGAAAGAAAGAAAAAGUGCAUGUGAUACAAGGAAUACAGUUUGUGAGGCAAAGCAAUGAGCAAAGAUAUUCUCACCUAGAGCAUUAAAGCGGGGGGAGGGGGGGAGAAGAGAUCAUUUUAUCAUUUUUUGAUAAACUUUCAGCUUAAGAGUAAAAACAACAGCCCACCUGUUAUGGUUUGCUUUAAUUAGCAAGGACUAUUGGAUAAUAGAAUCAAUGAUUCAUUACAAGAUCAUGCUUCAGAUUGGCUGGCAUUUUAUUAAUGUAAAUUAAAAAGCUAAAAUGCAAUGACUUUUAAAUGAUUUGAAACACAGUUUCUUCCUUGACUUGGAGGUGGGUUAACAAAGGAAAAUUACUUAAGGUAUUAAUACAAACACAAGGGGGCACCAGUAUCUCCACUUUAGUACUAACUCAAGAAGGUGUAUCUACAAUCUUAUAUUAUUAAUGUUUUGCAGAUGUUAGAAAAAAACUUCAGUUAUUUCCUCAGAUAUGUGUCCAUAUUCAUAUGUGUAAUUAAUUAAUGAAAACCAAACUUAAGACUGACCAGGCCUCUCUCCCUGCUUUACAAAACUCCUGUAGUAACUGUCAUUAAUAAAUGUUAUGGAAAAUUCA